AUGCCUCCAACAACUAUCUCUGCUCUUCAAAGAAGCCCUACCUUUCGGACUUUGUUCAAUCAGUUAGGGCUCAAUGAGGACUUUGUAUCCAUCGCUGCCACCUCUGGAACACACUGUCUCACAACUGAAGCUCAUGCCAACCGUGCCUUCUUAGAGACUACUAAUGUCAUCACCUUCACCGAUGAGGAUAUGGAGGUACAACACCCUGAUCAUAGUAAACCAUUAUAUAUUGCUUCUCAGGUUAACGAUGUUCACAUAAGAAGAGCACUAGUCGACACUGGUGCAUCACUUAAUCUUAUUCCAGCCAACACACUUAAAGCAGCUGGUAUCCCACUCAAUAGAAUAGCUGGGGCUCCUAUUGAGGUUUUUGGUUUUGCUGGAAUUCAUGAAUGUACUAUUGGGAGUAUACAGCUAGCUCUUAAAGUGGGGCCCAUUGUCGCUCUCACCAGAUUUCAUGUUAUCGACUCACUGGAAACAAAAACCCUAGUGGUAGAAGAAAAUCUACUCAGCAGUCUAGCAGAACUGUUUGAAGAGCCCCAGCGUGAUGAUCCUAAUGUCCAGCGACCAACUUCAGUAAAUGCAGCCUUGCCACCGUUGGAAAAGGCUCAACUUAUUUCACUAUUAAAAGAGUACAUUGAUGUCUUCGCUUGGGAGUACCAUGAGAUGCCCGGUUUGGAUCCUAACCUAGUUUCACAUGCUCUCAACGUGGAACCAGGGGCAAAGCCAAUGGUACAGCCCAUGUGGACCUUCCAUCCUAAUGUUGAAGCUCAAAUCAUUCAAGAAAUCCAGAAGCUUCUCACUGUUGUGUUCAUCAAGCCUAUCAUGCACCCAAAGUGGCUUUCAAAUAUUGUGCUAGUCAAGAAAAAGAAUGGGCAAAUACGAUGCUGUGUUGACUUUCGGAAUCUUAAUAAAGCAUGCCCCAAAGAUGAAUUUCCACUUCCCAACAUGGAUAUGCUCAUUGAUUUAGCUGCUGGGCAUGCUAUGUUUUAG